CUGACACAGCCCAUCCAUCCUGUUUCUGCCGACAGAAGAGGAGCGUUUGGCGUCACCAACGAUAACAAUGCCAAACAUGGCAGAACGGAUUUAGCCACUGUAGCAAUUACGACAAGAAUUUAUAUAUUCGACGAUAUUAUCAUAUUUCUUUAGGGUAGGUAUCACGGUCUCUAGGACUGGUGUUUGUCUGCUGCAUUGUCUGCCAUGGCAUCCCACAAUGGUACCCUGGAGAAUCAGCUGCACAGCGCCCAGAAGAACCUGCUCUUCCUCCAGCAGGACCAUGCCAAAACACUGAAAGGUCUACAUGCAGAGAUCCGCAGACUACAAAAGCACUGCACAGACUUGACCUAUGAGCUGACAGUGAGAAGUUCAGAUCCAACAGACAGCAGUGAGGCACGCUGUAGGGAACUGCACUGUAAGUGUGAGGAGCUGGAGGCUCAGCUGAAGGUGAAGGAGGAGGAGAACACGGAGCUGCUGAGAGACCUGGAGCAGAAGAACGCCAUGAUCUCUGUCCUGGAGAACACCAUCAAGGAGAGGGAGAAGAAGUACCUGGAGGAGCUGAAGAUGAAGAGCCACAAGCUGGCUAUCCUGUCUGGGGAGCUAGAGCAGCGAGCCAGCACCAUCGCCUACCUCACCUCUCAGCUCCACACCACUAAGAAAAAGCUCCUGGCAGGCAGUUCCUCCGAGGCCAGUCCCAACGUCAGCCCUGUGAGCUCCUACAAGCCCACCCCUCCCCCAGCUAAAGACCGGCAGCCUGGCCCUGAGACCCCUCGCCGCCGCAUGAAAAAGAGCCUGUCUCAGCCGCUGCACUCUGAGUUAACCGAGGUAUACCGGCUGGGUUCUGAUGGGAGGAGGAUGGUCCUACGGGAGGCGGUGGAUGCCAUGCCUGACCCCACCCCCUUCCUGCAGGCAUCUCGAGACACCCCUGAUCUGCAGAUGGUACGAGACCGGCCUGCUGUCAUACCCCCCAUCCCCUGUGAUCGCUCGUCCAGCCCCCGCCACAGCCCGGCACGGGACCGCCAGCACCAUGCACACGUGGGCGUUGCACACCGCACCCACCAUUGCACCCCUCCCGUGGUGUCUCCUCAGCCAGAGCUAGAGAUCCUGGCUGUGGACCAGGUCAAUGGGGGCAAGGUGGUCAGGAAGCGCUCUGGGGCAGACAGAACAGUUUAACACACUCACACACAAGCGCAAGAAGGAGCAUCACCUACUGUAUAAAUCACCUGCUUUUUAUGCAACACUGCAAUGAGCAAAGAAAGUAAAAUGGAAAACAGACAAAAAUACCACCAUGCCAAAUGUUUUGUUUUGAAACACGUGACUUACAUCCUGUCCUUUUUUUGCUUUGUCUCAUCUCACUCUGUCAUACAUUGUGCACAUAAACUUAUCCGCCAAACAUCUGCAUUAUUGCCUGCUUACAUGGUGAAUCCAUACACAUUAUCAUUGUUACUACCAGGGGUGAAAGUAUAUUUCAUUUCUUACCAGUGCGGGACUACAGAAAUUACACAGUAGUCUACUUUGCUGACACGGACAAACGGCUCAAUAAAAACAAUGUUGUCUGAUCCAUAUAAUUGGCCUACGAAAAGGGGAGACACAAAUACAAUAUGACGACCAUCUAACCUAGAGGAGGAAGUUAUUGUCCCAAAAAACAAUUCGAACAAGUGGCACUGACCCAAUGACAAAGACAGUAAAUAUGCGCACUGACCCAAUGACAAAGACAGUGAAUAUGCACACUGACCCAAAGACAGUAAAUAUGCGCACUGACCCAAAGACAGUGAAUAUGCGCACUGACCCAAUGACAAAGACAGUGAAUAUGCUCACUGACCCAAUGACAAAGACAGUGAAUAUGCUCACUGACCCAAUGACAAAGACAGUGAAUAUGCACACUCCAGGGAUAUGGCCGAUGUUCUCCGCUACUGCCAAUAUGAUAUGCUACUGUUCGCACAAUUCGGUUAAGAAUUUUGAUAACUAAAAGACAGAUUGACAAUAUUUUCAUUGUCAUCUCUUUAAAGUAAUAGCCAACAGUUUUUUCGCGAUUGUACUUUUAAAUAUUGUGAUAUGCCUGGCUGGGUCUGUCCUUUUCAAUGACAGUCACAACUCAAUAAUCAUCAACAUUAUAUAUACACAGUUGAAGUCUAACGUUUACAUACACCUUAGCCAGAUACAUUCAACUCCGUUUUUCACAAUUCCUGACAUUUAAUCCUAGAAAUUAAAAAAUCCCUGUCUUCAGUCAAUUAGGAUGACCACUUUAUUUUAAGAAUGUGAAAUGUCAGAAUAGUUUAUUUCAGCUUUUAUUUCUUUCAUCAUAUUCCCAGUGGGUCAGAAGUUUACAUACACUCAAUUCGUAUCCGGUAGCAUUGCCUUUAAAUUGUUUAACUUGGAUCAAAUGUUUCGGGUAGCCUUCCACAAGCUUCCCACAAUAAAUUGGCCCAUUCCUCCUGACAGAGCUGAUGUAACUGAGUCAGGUUUGUAGGCCUCCUUGCUCGCACACACUUUUUCAGUUCUGCCCAUCAAUUGUCUCUAGGAUUAAGUUCAGGGCUUUGUGAUGGCCACUCCAAUGCCUUGACAUUGUUAUCCUUACGCCACUUUGCCACAACUUUGGAAGUAUGCUUGGGGUCAUUGUACAUUUGGAAGACCAAUUUAACUUCCUGACUGAUGUCUUGAGAUGUUGCUUCAAUAUAUCCACAUAAUUUUCCAUCCUCAUGAUGCCAUCUAUUUUGCAAAGUGCACCAGUCCCUCCUGCAGCAAAGUACCGACACAACAUGAUGCUGCCACCCCCGUGCUUCGCAGUUGGGAUGUUGUUCUUCGGCUUUCAAGCAAACAUAACGAUGGUCAUUAUGGCCAAACAGUUCUAUUUUUGUUUCAUCAGACCAGAGGACAUUUCUCCAAAAAGUACGAUCUUUGUCCCCAUGUGCAGUUGCAAACCAUAGUCUUGCUUUUUUUAAUGGUGGUUUUGAAGCAGUGGCUUCCUUGCUAAGCGGCCUUUCAGGUCAUGUCGAUAUAGGACUCGUUUUACUGUGGAUAUAGAUACUUUUGUACCUGUUUCCUCCAGCAUCUUCACAAGAUCCUUUGCUGCUGUUCUGGGAUUGAUUUGCACUUUUCGCACCAAAGUAUGUUCAUCUCUAGGAGACAGAACACGUCUCCUUCCUGAGCGGUAUGACUGUGUGGUUCCAUGGUGUUUAUACUUGCGUACUAUUGUUUGUACAAAUGAACGUGGUACCUUCAGGCGUUUGGAAAUUGCUCCCAAGGAUGAACCAGCCUUUUGAGGUCUGGAAAAAUUACUUGUCAUGCACAAAGUGAUGUCCUAACCGACUUGCCAAUAAUAUAGUUUUAACAAGCAAUUUGUGGAGUGGUUGAAAAACAAGUUUUAAUGACUCCAACCUAAGUGUAUGUAAACUUCCGACUUCAACUGUGUGUGUUUGUGUGUGUCUGUGUAUAUGUAUAUAUGUAUAUAUAUAUAUAUAUAUAUAUCUCACACACACAAAAGUAUGUGGACACCACUUCAAAUUAGUGGAUUCUGCUAUUUCAGCCACACCCAUUGCUGACAGGUGUAUAAAAUCGAGCACAAAGCCAAAGGAUCUCCCAUAGAGAAACAUUGGCACUCAAAUGGCCUUACUGAAGAGUUCAGUGACUUUCAAUGUGGCACCGUCAUAGGAUGCCACCUUUCCAACAAGUUAGUUUGUCAAAUUUCUAGAGCUGCCCUGGUCAACUGUAAGUGCUGUUAUUGUGAAGUGGAAACGUCUAGGAGCAACAACGGCACAGCUCAGCCACACAAGCUCACAGAACGGUACUGAGGAGUGCUGCAGCGCAUAAAAAUCCUCUUCCCGAGGUUGCAACACUAGAGUUCCAAACUGCCUCUGGAUGCAACGUUAGAACUGUUCGUCGGGAGCUUCCUUGAAAUGCGUUUCCAUGGCCAAGCAGCCACACACGAGCCUAAGAUCACCAUGCGCAGUGCCAAGCAUCGGCUGGGGUGGUGUAAAGCUCGCCACCAUUGGACUCUGGAGCAGUGUAAACGCGUUCUCAAGAGUGAUGAAUCAUGCUUCACCAUCUGGCAUGUCCGACAGACUAAUCUGGUUUUGGCGGAUGCCAGGAGAAUGCUACCUGUCCCAAUGCAUAGUGCCAACUGUAAAGUUUGGUGGAGGAGGAAUAAUGGUCCGGGGCUGUUUUUCAUGGUUCGGGCUAUGGCCCUCAGUUCUCGUGAAGGGGAACAUUAACACUACAGCAUACAAUGACAUUGUAGACGAUUCUGUGCUUCCAACUUUGUGGCUACAGGUUGGGGAAGGCCAUUUCCAGUUUCAGUAUGACAAUGCCCCCAUGCACUAAGCGAGAUCCAUACAGAAAGGGUUUGUUGAGAUCGGUGUGGCAGAACUUGACUGGCCUGUAUAAAGCCCUGACCUCAUCCCCAUCGAACACCUUUGGGAUGAAGCCCAACGUCAGUGCCCAACCUCACUAAUGCUCUUGUGGGUGAAUGUUCCAACAUCAAGUGGAAAGCUUUCCCAGAAGAGUGGAGGCUGUUAUAGCAGCAAAGGGGGGGACCAACUCCAAAUAAUGCCAAUGAUUUUGGAAUGAGAUGUUUGAUAUGUAAGUGUCC